GGUAACCAGCCUAUCAGAGGAAAAGAAAAAACAUGUGAGGCAUUUGAUGCACGCAGGCCCACAGUGCAGAAAACAAAAAGCACCCACGGAUUACCAACAUAAUUACAUACACGGGUGGUCAGAUAACAAUUACACGAGACAAUGGCACGCAGACCGGGAGCGAUCGCAGCGUGCAGAGACGCGUAUUUGCGACAAUCGCCACGGGUGGAAGCAAAGAGCAGGACCAUAUCUUCACCCAAUGCAGCGGCACACAGCCGGCCAAAAUUACCCACACAGAUGGCGAGAUAACAAUUACGGUCGACAGUGGCACAUAGAGAAUGGGCGGCCACGACACACAAAGACACAUAAUCGCGAGAAUCACGGCGUGUAUAGGCCAAGAGCAGAAUCACGCCGAUUCCCCAUUCCACGAUACACAAGGGGCACACAUGGCUUGGCUGUAACAAAGAGGGUGACAUGGGCACGUGAUAAAUCGCUCACACUGGUUGAGAGGAAAAUGACAGGGAAAGAGGUGUCCGCUGAUCUGAAAAAAAAAUCACAGCCCUUGGAAAAAAUCAAGCAGGCUGGAGGUUACAAACAGAACCAAGAGGGGAACCAUGAUUGUGGAAAACUAAAUGCGCCAUGCACACGCUUUGAUGUGGUGGGGAACGCGAGAGUCGCUCCCGUGGUGAACACACCUAUUGAACAAGGAAAAUUAACCAUGAAGCGUGAUCUAACAGGAAAUGAUAACCAACAGGAUCGGGAGGAGAAACAUGCUUGUUUGGUAAAUGGAAACGCGAUCAAUUGUGUCGCAAAAUUGCGUGAGAGUACAGUAAAAGUGCCAGGGAAACGCGUUACGGAGACAAAAAUCCAUGAUGGAUUGGGGAAUGUGUGGAAAUCCAGCACACGCAAAAACAUGGAAUCGAAUCGAGGCACGGAAUCAGAUCGUGGUACGGAGUCAGCAAAUCUGCACAUGGCUGCGGAGAAGGCAAAUGACCCCAACAGUCGAGCACGGAAACUCGUGUUGUGUACUAAUCCUGGUGGCGCUCGACAUGGCUUCACGCCACAUAAACCCACAGGGAAGGCGAGGGAUAAAAAAAAUUACCGAUACGAACCAAGGAACCGUGCUCAUUUGGCUAAAGCCAUACCGACGAUGAACCAAAACGACGAUGUGAUGAUGUUGCAUGGAAAGGUCACAGGUUACUCGAAAAUACCUGGUCAUGAGAAAAAUUAUUCUGUACUUUUGACCAAACGUGGCAGUAAGGUUGCCAAUAACUUGGUAAACAUUAAACAAAGAGAUGCCAGGAGGGAAACGGUGUACCACCGGGCUCGAAACCGCUAUCCAGUGUUUCCCAGGAACUGAAACAAAAAUCAAAAAGCAAUAAUUGAUAAGACCCGAUGUAACAUGUUGCCUUCAUUUUUCUCUUUUUCCUGUUCUUUUAUUUUCUUAUUUCAAAUGUAAUCAUGCUAAGUUGUGACACGUACACGCGCGUUGUAAGGAAAAAUCACAAACUUGAAGACAAUCGAUAGUUCAUGGUGGAAAAAGGCAUUUUUCUUUAAUAUUAAAAAUAACCGGUGGCAGACCACCGAUCAUUUUUAAAAGGGCGGAAUGUUGUAUACGGCCCUUUUUCCACAAUUAAUAUCCAUAAGAAUAUUUACGGAUG